AUGGAGGACACAUACAAUAACAGGACUUCCCUGGUCAAAGGUGCUAAGGACAUAGCCAAGGAGGCAAAGCGGCAGGCAGCAAAGAAGGUCAACAAGGUGGCGAACCUUGCUGCCGACGAGUAUUCAUCCCACCACAACUACUCACGAUUCCAGGAUGAGGAGGUGGACGACGAGGAUUUCUACGGGAACCCGCCGAGGCAGGGCGGAGAGGGUGACAACGACGAGGGCUCCAGCGAUGCCACCGAGGGCCACGACGAUGAGGACGAGAUCUACGAGGGCGAGUACCAGGGGGUUCCCUCCACGGGGGACAGGAAGCACAAGGAUGGCCAAGUGGCCUUGGGGCAACCCGUGUCAGACGCAAUGAGGGACCGAAAGGAGCUGGAACAGGAGCGACAGGCCGAUGAGGAGGAGCUGGCUCAGCAGUACGAGCUGAUUAUCCAAGAGUGUGGCCACGGGAGGUUCCAGUGGCAGCUGUUCCUGGUGCUGGGAUUGGCACUCAUGUCUGACGGCGUGGAAGUGUUCGUGGUGGGCUUCGUGCUUCCAAGCGCAGAGACCGACAUGUGUGCACCCAACUCCAGCUCUGGAUGGCUAGGGAGCAUCGUUUACUUGGGGAUGAUGUUUGGCGCAUUCUUUUGGGGAGGAAUGUCUGACAAAGUUGGCCGCAGACAGUGUCUCCUCAUCUGCAUGUCCACCAAUGGCUUCUUCGCCUUUCUCUCGUCUUUUGUCCAGGGAUACGGCUUCUUCCUUGUUUGCCGCAUCGCCGCCGGGUUUGGGAUAGGGGGUGCUGUGCCCAUUGUUUUCUCCUUCUUUGCAGAGGUGUUAUCCAGGGAGAAAAGAGGCGAACACCUCAGCUGGCUGUGUAUGUUUUGGAUGAUUGGCGAGAUCUACGCGUCGGCCAUGGCGUGGGCCAUUAUUCCGCACUAUGGAUGGAGUUUCAGCAUGGGCUCGGCGUACCAGUUCCAUAGUUGGAGGGUGUUUGUGGUCGUCUGCGCCCUGCCUUGUGUGUGCGCCGUGGUCGCACUUACCUUCAUGCCUGAAAGCCCCCGAUUUUACCUUGAGGUGGGGAAGCACGACGAAGCCUGGAUGAUCCUCAAGCAAAUCCACGACACCAACAUGAGAGCACGCGGGCAGCCCGAGAAAGUCUUCAGCGUGAACAGGAUAAAGAUCCCAAAGCAGCUUGAUGAAUUGGUUGAAAUGGAGUCACAGUCUGGAAAUCCAGUUUCCAAAGCUAUCUUCCGGAUGAAGGCUGAAAUCCACGGGAUCUACUUGAAUCUCAUGAAGUGUUUCAACUACCCAAUGCGAGAAAACAUGAUACGACUGGCCAUAGUGUGGUUCACACUGUCCUUCGGGUAUUAUGGUCUGUCGGUGUGGUUCCCUGAUGUCAUCAAACAUCUCCAGGCGGACGAGUAUGCCUCCAAAGUACAAAUGCAUAACAACGAACGCAUCGAAGACUUCACUUUCAACUUCACGCUGGAGAACCAGAUACACAAAAACGGCCUUUUUAUUAAUGAUCGAUUCAUAAACAUAAAGCUCAAAUCUGUCACCUUUAUCCACUCGACCUUUCGCAACUGCCACUUUGAUGAUGUCACCACAGUGGGCUCCUAUUUCCAUAAUUGCACUUUCGUCGACGCAGUCUUCUUCAACACAGACAUUGACGACUCCAAGCUGAUCGAUGGCACUGAGGUGGUCAACAGCACGUUCACGCACAACAAGACGGGAUGCCAGAUGACCUUUGAUGAUGAUUACAGCGCCUACUGGGUUUACUUCAUCAACUUCUUGGGAACCUUGGCGGUUCUCCCCGGGAACAUCGUGUCGGCGCUCCUCAUGGAUAAAACGGGACGUCUGUCUAUGUUAGGUGGCUCCAUGGUGUUGUCUGGCAUCAGCUGCUUCUUCCUGUGGUUUGGUACCAGUGAGUCCAUGAUGAUUUUCAUGCUGUGCCUUUACAACGGCCUGAGUAUCUCUGCCUGGAACUCCCUGGAUGUCGUCACAACUGAAUCCUUCCCGACUGCCAGAAGAGGAACAGGCUUCGGAUUCUGCAACGCCCUGUGCAAGAUGGCUGCCGUCUUGGGGAACCUGAUUUUCGGCUCUCUGGUUGGCAUCACCAAGGCCAUCCCCAUCCUCAUGGCGUCGUCGGUGCUGGUUACGGGAGGUCUGGUGGCUCUGCGGUUGCCGGACACCAGGGACAAUGUCCUCAUGUAACACCAGCAGGAGAAGAAAGGAGCGCUUGGAUGAUACAUAUCUUUAAGUAUUUUCAUCAUAUUUAACUUCCAGACCAGUCGUCCUCAAACUUACACAAAGUACCACCUCAGAAAACACUUGGCUCUCCAAGUACCACCAUAAUAGCCACCAUUAAAAUACAGUAGGCUUAAGUAUUCAUUAAAACAAGGCAGAAGUUUUAUUUAACAAGUACAUUUAGUAUUGUAACAUUACAUACAGUUCGAACAGUAACACUGUGUUUCAAUAUUUAAUUAAUUGGCGUACCACUAGUGUAGGGGUGCCCAUUACGUUGAUCGCGAGGUACCGGUCGAUCGCAGAGGGUGUGUCAGUCAAUCCCCAGCCAAAUUAGCGAUUAUCAAUCUUCACUAAGACGUCACUUUCGUCACUUGAUUGAGAUUCACGGCACCCGAGGGUCUUGUGAGAUGACGCUGGCUGCUGCCAGAUCAUUAUUAAGGAAAAAUGACCAAGAGGAAGGCGAGAAACACUUUUAUUUCAACAGACUCUCGCUGUCAAAACUCUAGAGACCAACUGCACAGUUCCUGUCUUCACAAUAAAAGCGCUGCUCCAUACUGCCUGCGCUAACAAAAUAGGAGUCUC